ACCCCUCCCCUGCUUCAGGGGGAUUUAAUAAGGCCCUCCGCACCACUCUGGUACCACUUCAGCUUCUCAAAAGUCUCAGCAGUCAGGGAUCCAAACAGCCGCAGGAUAAUGGCACCAACAAAGAAGGGUAUCAUAGAGCGUCUUAAUGCUGGAGAGAUUGUCAUCGGCGAUGGAGGGUUUGUGUUUGCCCUGGAGAAGAGAGGAUACGUGAAGGCUGGACCCUGGACCCCCGAGGCUGCAGCAGAGUACCCAGAAGCAGUGCGUCAGCUCCACAGGGAGUUCCUGCGGGCUGGAGCCAACAUCAUGCAGACCUUCACCUUCUAUGCCAGUGAUGACAAGUUGGAGAACAGAGGCAACAAGCUCAGCUAUACCGGAGCUCAGAUCAACGAGGCCGCUUGCGACCUGGCUCGGGAGGUGGCCAAUGAGGGUGACGCUCUGGUGGCAGGAGGAGUGUCCCAGACUCCAUCCUACCUGAGCUGCAAGAGUGGGACAGAGGUGAAAGCUAUCUUUAAGAAACAGCUGGACGUGUUCACCAAGAAGAAUGUCGACUUCCUUAUAGCUGAGUACUUUGAGCAUGUUGAAGAGGCUGUGUGGGCUGUUGAAGUUCUGAAGGAGACGGGGAAGCCCGUGGCUGUAAGCCUUUGCAUCGGACCUGAGGGAGACAUGCAUGGUGUCUCACCUGGAGAGUGUGCUGUCAGGCUCGUCAAAGCCGGUGCCCAGAUUGUGGGAGUCAACUGUCACUUUGACCCCCUGACCUGUGUGAAGACUGUCAAGAUGAUGAAGGAGGGAGUGGAGAAGGCCGGACUCAAGGCUCACUACAUGGUGCAGCCGCUGGCUUACCACACUCCAGACUGCAACUGUCAAGGAUUUAUCGAUCUGCCAGAAUUCCCCUUUGGUCUAGAACCCAGGAUCCUGACCCGCUGGGAUAUGCACAAGUAUGCCAGAGAGGCCUACAAUGCUGGCAUCCGCUUUAUUGGUGGCUGCUGUGGGUUUGAGCCUUAUCAUAUAAGGGCUGUGGCAGAGGAGCUGGCCCCAGAGAGGGGCUUCCUCCCUGCUGCAUCAGAGAAACAUGGAGUAUGGGGUGCUGGUCUGGAGAUGCACACCAAACCCUGGGUCAGAGCCAGAGCCCGCCGUGAUUACUGGGAGAGCCUGAAGCCAGCCUCUGGCCGUCCCCUGUGUGCGUCCUUGUCAUCCCCAGAUAGCUGGGGUGUUACCAGGGGCGACGCUGAACUCAUGCAGCAGAAAGAGGCCACCUCCAAGGACCAAUUGAAACAGCUGUUUGGCAGGUCAAAGACUCACUGAGUGUUUCCCACCGGAAAACGGUUGAGAGACAAGCAGUUGCGUGAAGCAGCUAACACAAUGUGGUGGACAGUUUUGUAUAAACCAAGCGAUAAUUUCUAACUUGAGACUGCACUGCUCUAAACAUCUGUGUCUUGGAAAAAUGAGGCCACAAUGUCUCAGAUUAGGGGUUUCCUCCAUGUUGAAAAAGGGACCUAUUUGUUUUCCAUUAUCCUGCAACAGUCUGUUAAAUGAAAUAAUAUCAAAUAAAACGCAAAUUGGUUACUUGA